UUUCCUUUUCGGAGCGGGGAGGAGCGGCAGCUGCGCAGGCGUUGCUCGCACCCUGUUGAUUAGUCAGUGCUGGGAUGGCGCUUCCUGGGCCAGGCGCGGCGGCGGGCGGCCCCAGCCGGUGCCGGGGGGCGGCGGGAGCAGCGUCGGCCGCUCGGCGGGCCUCCCCCUCCGCCUAGCCCGGCAUGUCCCGCGGCGGUAGCCGGCGCUGAGCGCGGCGAGCUGCCUCCCCGCUUCCCUCCCUCCCUUCCGCCGCCGUCCCGCCGGCUGGGAGCGACCCCGGCGGCGCUGCCCGCCCGGCUCCCUCCCCUCCCCUCAGCGCCGCUGCCCUGCCCGGGCCAGGCGGGAAGAUGGACCCCGGCUCCUCGCUGGGCUUCAGCCUGAAGGACGUGAAGUGGAGCGCGGUGGCCGUCCCUCUGGACCUGCUCGUCAGCACCUACCGGCUCCCGCAGAUCGCCCGGCUGGACAGCGGAGAAACUGUAGAAGGCCUUCGAGAGAGUGAUUACCUCCUGAUUCAUUCGUGUCGGCAGUGGACAACAAUUACAGCUCACAGUCUGGAGGAGGGCCACUACGUCAUAGGGCCAAAGAUAGAAAUCCCUGUACAUUAUGCAGGGCAGUUUAAGCUGCUGGAACAAGACCGAGAUAUUAAGGAGCCAGUGCAGUAUUUUAACAGUGUGGAGGAGGUGGCUAAAGCAUUUCCUGAACGAGUUUACGUCAUGGAGGAAAUAACAUUCAACGUUAAGGUAGCUUCAGGUGAAUGCAAUGAAGACACUGAAGUUUACAACAUUACCCUUAGUACUGGGGAUGAACUCACUUUAAUGGGACAAGCAGAAAUCCUUUAUGCAAAAUCUUCUAAGGAGAAGUCACGACUCAACACUAUCUUCAAAAAAAUUGGUAAACUUAAUUCAAUUAGCAAACUUGGCAGAGGCAAAAUGCCCUGCCUCAUCUGCAUGAACCACAGGACCAAUGAAAGCAUCAGCCUUCCAUUCCAGUGUAAGGGCAAGUUUAGCACCCGCAGCCCGUUGGAGGUGCAGAUGCAAGAAGGUGAGCACACAAUUCGUAACAUAGUAGAAAAAACUCGGCUGCCUGUUAAUGUGACUGUGCCAAGCCCUACGCCAAGAAACCCCUACGACCUGCAUUUUAUCCGUGAAGGGCACAGGUACAAGUUUGUCAACAUUCAGACCAAGACUGUGGUGGUUUGUUGUGUGCUUCGUGGCAACAAAAUUAUUCCGAUGCAUUUUCCCUUGCACUUGACACUUCCAAAAUUUACUCUACCUGACAGUCUUGUGAAGGGGGAGCUGUGGCACGAAUCCCUCAUCCAGCAUUGGUUUAAUAUAUGCCAAGAACAGUUUGACAUAGACGAGUAUUCCCGGGCCGUGCGCGAUGUGAAAACAGACUGGAAUGAAGACUGCAAGAGCCCAAAGAAGAGCCGGUGCAGCGGGCACACUCACGUGCCCAACUCCCUCAGCUAUGCACGGGACGAGCUCACGCAGUCCUUCCACCGGCUGUCGGUGUGUGUUUAUGGCAACAAUUUGCAUGGCAAUAGCGAAGUGAACCUCCACGGCUGCAGGGACCUGUGUAACGAGUGGGCUCUGUUUUCUCACGAUGUGCUUCAGUACCAGGAUUCUGGUGACAGUAGCAGUGAUUACCUUUUUCCUGAGGUUGGUGAAGAGUCCAUGUUUCUGCCUACAAAACCAGAACUUCCUUACGAAGAGCUGUGGUUGGACCAAGGGUCUGGAAAGCCUGGUGAGCAGCCUCUCACUCGCUCGCUAAGUGAGAAGAACAAAUGUGACAAUUACAGAGGAUCCUUCCGAUCAAAGUGUGGUAGUACGUCUCUUCCUGUGCCUGGGACAGUCGAUGCAGCAACAAAGUCUGCAGAUGUUUCCCUACCUCCACCUCCAGUGCCUCCCAAAUCAGAAGCAGUAAAAGAGGAAUGCAGGCUCCUGAACGCUCCCCCUGUCCCACCACGGAGUUCAAAACCAUCUUCCACUAGUCCUUCCAUCCCUCCUCGCACAGUCAAACCCGCACGACAGCAGACGCGCUCUCCUAGCCCUACUCUGUCCUACUAUUCUUCAGGACUGCACAACAUCAACGUCACAGAGAGUGACAGCGUGAACCCAGCUGAGAGCAGCACACCUGUUUCAUGCUACCCUUGUACCGUGAUGAAAACCGAAUCCAAAGAGCCUGAGAACACAAUGCCUUUUGGAAGCCCCUCAAUUGAAGCUCUGCCUUCCAGAUUAUCUUGGCCAAACCAUUUUUCAGGAACUACGGAAGGCCAGAAUAAGAGUGAUUUCCUGCUUGAUCCAAGCAGGAGCUACAGUUACCCCAGACAGAAGACUCCAGGCACGCCAAAGAGGAACUGUCCAGCACCUUUGACUUUUGACUUCGAUGGGUGUGAGCUCCCUGCGGGGUACUCCCAGCUGUCCCCAGCAGAGUUCAGCAACAUCUCCAACUGUCCGAAGUCAGCAAGUUACUCUCUAAGCUGCACUGAUGAGAAAACUCUGGGAGACAGCAAUGCAAAGCAGAGUCAUUCAUGUCCUGCCUUACCUCCUCGGGCACCAAAGUCAAGCGAAGAGAAACAAGUUACAGACGUGUGUACUUUGCCACUAAAAAUAGAUGGUGCCGAGGAGGAAUCAAAAACUGAUUCUCCAGACCUCCUGGAAGAUCAAUAUCUGGUUAAAAAGGGCAUGCAGGAUACAUUCUCUGUGUCUUAUCCCUUCUCAUCUCCCCUCCACCUCCAGUUAGCACCAAGGUCUUGUGGGGAUGGCUCUCCCUGGCAGCCACCCACAGACCUUUCUGGACUCUCAAUAGAGGAAGUGUCUAAAUCGCUGAGGUUUAUUGGUCUGUCAGAAGAUGUCAUCUCAUUUUUUGUUACAGAGAAGAUUGAUGGCAAUUUACUGGUUCAGCUAACGGAAGAAAUCCUGUCAGAAGACUUUAAGCUAAGCAAAUUGCAGGUUAAGAAAAUACUACAGUUCAUUAAUGGCUGGCGGCCCAAGAUGUGAUGCUGACUAGUUUUUAGUGGAACUGUAUGAGGUGUGCUAGAGGCACUUCAGCUAAUACAUCACUUCCUGUUUUUUGCACUAAGAGCCCUUCCUGUAAAUAGUAGUAGAAAAAUUCUUAACUAUGCAGAUAAAAGUUUUUGAGUGGUGAGCGAUGGGUUUUUUUUGUAUGUCAAUAAUAAUGGUAGAGAAUCUGCAGAGGUGUGCCUUGUGCAUCCCUGAAUGUUCAACAGCUGCUAAAAACUGGACACUAAGGGAACUUUCACUCUGUACUCUAUUAAGACUUAGUCAUAUUUAUUACUGAACAAUUUGAUGCUGAAAGACACACACACCAAUUCAGUUUACAGUUUUGAGUUAACUGCAAAAAAAUGUAUUUCUUAUGGGAGUAUUUCUUCAAGUAAUAUUUGACAACAUGCUGUGAUUUUUUUUUUCCUUUUCUGCUAACAAUAAGCAUGGUCAGAGAUAGAAAAACAUGGUUUUGACACUACAUCUGAAAAUGUUAAGAAUUGCUGUGAAGUGCCACUAAUACACUACCCUUGUAGCUUGUUUUUA